AUGAAGCAAUAUACUUCCAAAUUUCCUCCUCCUCCUGUCACGGGGUGUAGUAGUCAUCCUGUUAUGGGGAAUGAGUUAUUACUUUGUGAGAGAUUGACUAGGGUCCCUGUAAAACCACUCAUGAGGUUCAAGUGUGUAUGCAAAGGAUGGCACUCCUUGAUACAUACAGAUCGAAACUUCAUUGAUUUACGCUUCGCACGAUCAAAAACAUGUAAUUUUGCUGUUGGUGGUGGUGUCUCCCUUUUUACGAGCUGGCCUCAACUUCGUGUUUUCUCCUUAACUGAAAUAUUACUGUCUGAAGGAGGAGUAACGACUGUUCAAAGGGAGAUAUCUGUACCAGGAGAUUUUAAAAUAGGACUCGUUUUUGGAGCUGUCAAUGGAUUGAUUUCUAUAAUAGAACCCAACACAUAUUUUGUUUCUGUGUUUAAUCCGAGCACCAGACAGUCAACACCUUGGAUAAAAUCCAUGAUUAAACAACAACAUGAAGAUUUAUGUGAGGAAAUACAAGUAAUAGAUGAAGAUGGUAAUUAUGUAACUCACAAGAUUGAAUACAGUCAUGGACGAUGGUUUUACUUUGGGUAUGAUCCUUCCGCUAAGGAACACAAAGUGGUUAUUAUCUGGAUCAAGCAUGUAUUCCACCGGCACAAACUUUUACGUUCUGAAACUGUAUGCGAGGUCAUGACAGUUGACGGCAGACAACACAACAACAAUCUAUUAUGGAGAAGGCUUGAUGAAAAGCUCUCGCUCCCGCCGGCAAUUACACCAUACGACUUCUCAUCAUCCCUUUACACAAAUGGUUGCAUUUCUUGGCUGCGGAAGGCUCGCCCAGAUUUUGGUAGGGUAUCUUUGGUCGUCGAAUUUAAUGUCGGGAGCGAAAAGUUUAGAGUAAUUUCACUUCCCAAUUACAUCAUUGAAGAAAUUCGUUCUCCUUUUGGUUGUCAGUUGAUACAAAUCGAUGGUCGUCUAGCUGUGUAG